ACUGAUGGGCUGUAUAUAAAUAUAAAAAAAAAAAAAUAAGUGAGAAAGCGUACAACAAAACAGACGGCGACUUUUACCUUCAGCGUUCUGAAAGCAAAUCGUCAAAAGAAAAUGCAUUUUCCCCUGUUGAUAUGUUUGCUGCCGUUGUUGACCUUCGCAGAAAAAGCCUGUGACGAGGCUCACCAGGAAUACCAGACUGCCAUGGAGGACACGAGUACACCGCUGUUAGGAUUGGAGGAGCCGAGAUGUGACGAAAAUGGACAGUACGCAGACCGGAUAUGCCGCGGAACGGAUUGUUGGUGUGUGAGACCUAACGGCGAAGAAAUCCCCAGGUAUCACCAUCGUCGCUAUGAAGUGAACCAAAAAGCGAUGACCUGUGAAUGCGCUCGGCAGGCGGCUGCUUACAAGGCGACUGGACUAAUAGGUUUGACCUUCAGAUGCACAGAAUUGGGCGCCUUUGAGCCGGUCCAGUGCACGGGGUCUGUGUGUUACUGCGUUGACAGCAACGGUCAACGGGAUAGCAGCGCUAGCGCUCUUCCUAUUUGGGAAAAGCACAUAUUGCAAUGCAGUUAGUCGGUACUGCUGAACGCAACCAAGUAAAAAUGUUUCUUAAAGAUGGUACAAAACGCCAGUUUAUCAGUGAAAAUAAAAGUUGUUAAUUUAUGACGUCGGUGUCAUUAGAAAUAAAAAAGUAUCGUUUAAACAGGCUAUGCCAUAUACAUUGUAAUUUCAUGUUAAAAACAAAACAAACAAAACACAUCGACAUCAGCAGCAAAAAAAAAACCCUAGGUUCCGACGUUACAUAUAGGCCUAUAUAAUACGUUAACAGCUGAUUGUUUUAGUUGGACCAUAGCGAGUUACGGAGUGAUAGGCCUACAUGUAGACAGAUAGAGAAAAAUGAAUGAAUAAACGGAUGAAUGAAUAAAAA